AUGAAUGAACAAAGGCCAAACAUCGAUAAUACAGCUGGUGCAUAUGGUCAAAUGCAGCAACCUAAAUAUUCUCAACCGAUCACAAAUCAAUAUUUAACCGAACAACAACCGAAACUUCAAAAUCAGAUUCCUGUUGAGAAAAUAACAAAUUUCUCAGAGCAAUCUCCUAAUAAACAAGAAGUAUGCAAAGUACAAACACCAAAAUCAUCGCAACUCAAAGAUAUGCAAACAAAUGUACGUAUAAAUAAGUUUUUGGAAUCGCUUACAUCUCAUGUUCCAAGAUCAUUUGAUAUAGUUCCACGUGGUGAUUUUAAUGGCUCGGGAUACGAAGAAUAG